AAUUGAAAAGAGGCCCAGCCGACCAUUCUAUUCUGUGCGUCUCUAUUUCUGAUUCGUCUUCUUCCUCGGUCUCACUUCACUCUGACUGACUCAGUAUCCAACUCCAAUGGAGGGAAAAAUCGAGACAUUAUGGAACGAAGUACGGGAGCUCAAUCUAGGCACCUCCGGCGAACUGGACCGACUCCACUUCCCGCCAACUCCACUCCAAUUCCUCCGAGACUACGUCUCCCAAAACAAGCCCUGCAUCAUCUCCAACGCCACCCAUCACUGGCCGGCCCUCACCCGCUGGACCUCCGACUCCUACCUCACCUCCGCCCUCUCCUCCUCCCACGUGUCCCUCCACCUCACCCCUCACGGCCGCGCCGACGCCCUCGUCCCCUCCCCUUCCUCCUCCUCCUCCCUCUGCUUCGCCUCCGCCCACGUGCAGCGCACGCCCUUCCCCGAAGCCCUCGGCCUCAUCACGGCCAAAAACCACGCGUCGUCGUUCGUGGCCUACGCGCAGCAGCAGAACAAUUGCUUCCCCUCCGAGUACUCGCCGCUGGCGGCGGACUGCGAUUCUCACAUCCAAUUCGCCACCGAAGCCCUAGGUUGCCGACCCGAGGCCGUCAACAUGUGGAUUGGGGACGAGCGCUCGACGACGUCGUUUCACAAGGAUCACUACGAGAAUCUCUACGCUGUGGUCACGGGACAGAAGCAUUUCCUCCUCCUCCCUCCCACCGAUGUGCAUCGGAUGUACGUAAGGGAGUACCCGGCCGCUCAGUAUUCGUAUUCUCCGGUCACCGGAGAGUUUGAGCUGGAAAUGGAGAGUCCGGCUAGGUCUGUGCCUUGGUCUAGUGUCGAUCCUUACCCUGCUCCUGAGGACAGAGAAGAACAGCUCUCCAAGUUCCCUUUGUUCUUCAAUGGGCCUGGGCCCUUUUGCUGUACGAUUAAUCCAGGAGAGAUGCUUUACUUGCCAAGUAUGUGGUUUCAUCAUGUUAGGCAAAGCCCAGAUAGCAGAGGACGAACUAUUGCUGUAAAUUACUGGUAUGAUAUGCAGUUUGAUAUCAAGUAUGCUUACUUCAACUUCUUGCAAUCAAUUCAAUGCCCAUUGAUUGAGAGUCAAACGCUGGCCGAGACAGUGCAGGAGGAUAUAGAUUCUGAUGCACCAGAGAAGACUGAAGAUGAAUGAUGGAAUGAGUACCGGACCACUAUUCUGCUUAUUGGAUAGUCGUUUGUGGGCUUUUCGGGCUGGGGAGACUGUGAGGUAGGGAAAUUAGGUGAAUAUAACUUGUUGCUAUUAAACAUUUUGAUAUCUUGGAAAUAAGAUAGAAAGUUUAGUCUUUUUGAAGUUGGUGGUCAUAUUGAGGACCCUUUUAGUUCCUGUAGCUUCAGACUGUGAAGGUCACUCUUAUAAUUUACUUUUCUACAUCUAACUUGAGAUUGUGCUGAAAAUGAAUGAUUCUCUUUUACCAUCAGCUACACAGGAUUAUUAUUUGUGUUGACAUUCAGAACUGAUUGAAUGUAUUUGGUCUAAUAAAGUACUGCAAGCCAAGUGGUAGAAAACUGAGGAUAGAUUCUUGCAGAGUAUAGCUAGAAGCCUAAAAGUUUUGCAUGCCUUUGCUGGGUUAUUCUUUGGUUUCUUAUACAGUUGAUUAUGAGUGUCCUGCAAUCUUCUCUAUCAGUUCUUGAAUAACACUGCAUAAUGUCUUUGAUCAUUACAGUCAUGUACCCUAUUUCAUAAGGUAUGAAUCACGUUUCCUAUAACAGGAAUUCUCCUGAUUUUCUCAUGUAACAGGCUGGGCUGGCCAACAAUGUUAUAUCCUCUGGUGUUGUUCACACACUGACCACCAUGUAUUUUCACAGUUUGUCCCAUGCCUCCUUUUGACCAAGGACUCAGGUACUGACCUCAUGCUCAUUUCAGCCAACACAUACCAAUUUGCCUUUGGUUAAGGAAAUUGACUUUCCUUCUUUACAGUGGCUUUGGCCUCUCUGGCAAUGAUAUGGACAUAGUAGGAUUUACUCUUUUAACUUCUAUCACUAAAGGAAAUGUAUUUCUGGCGGCCUAAAGUUCUUGUUUGUUUGUGUUGGUUCAUUCUGUUCUAGUAUAGAAAACAAACUUCUUGUUUUAUCAUACAUGAGCCAUAGCACACAAGCACAUGAAGUAAAAUUACAAUAAGGAAACAAUAUUUCCUUUUCUAAAAGGAAAGCACACAGAUAGUGAAAUUUGUAUAGGAAAAAAGCACAUUCUCUUAUUGCCAAUUUAUCAGGCAGUCAAACUAUUUGAGAGUCAGCAAUUCACCACAUCUUAUCAUCUGUAAUGGCUUUGACAAAUGCAGCCUCUGAGUUUCCAGUUGUUGAGAAACUUGUUCCAUUUUUGGUCGAGACUGAGGACUGGUAUUCAAGCAUGAAAAUGCUAUCUUCACAAGAGAGAGCAGUUCACCUGCAACUUCAUCUGUAGGAGGGGAAAUGCGUUUGUCAAAAACAUCCACAAUUAACAUUUGAUGGGCGGGUAAUGCAGAUGACAGUGAAGAUGACCCAGAUGAUAAAGGUACGAGAAGAUCUCCUGGAUGCCUUCCCAUAAUUGUUUCCAAUGUUACCACACCGAAGCUAUAAACAUCACAUUUCUCGUUCACUGCCAUUGUAUAAGCAAGCUCUGCACACAAAAAUUUUAUAAAAAUUGAAUUUUCAUUAUUGA